GUCGUCAUGAUAUUCUUAUUCGCCACAAGAUAGGAUUGAACCAUUGAAACAAGAGCUAAGUUGUAUGUUGACUUCAUUUCAUGAAACGUGGUAUCGUCAGUGGGUCGUCUCGUCCGCCAGCGCCAAGUGCAGUACCCCACAGCUUAUCCCUGUCCACUAUGAGACACCCAUAGCUCCCUCCCUCUGACCUCCAGCUCCUGCUGACCUGCCACCUUCCUCCACAAAGACCACAACAUCUUUCUCCAUUCCGCAAGAUCAAUUACCAACAACACAAUUAUGGGAGGAGAAACAGUGCAUACCGAGAAGAAACAGAGUAGCUAUCCUAAGCUAUCUCAUCGUCCUAUCGGACAAUGGAUUCCGAACAUCUACAAGGAACGCAUUGCGCAGUUCUAUAGUGGGGGACAAUAUGAAGGGAAGAAUCUGCGAGCGAUGCUCGAUGAGGGCGUUGCGUCAGGUACCCCUCAUGUCAAGCUCUCAGUAUGGGAUGCUCCCGACCUCACUCGACCGACAUUCAAGGAAGCAAUGAAAGGCAAAUAUAGAACAACAUCUGUCGGAGAAUCAUUUGGUCCAUCUUGGUCGACGCAUUGGUUCAAAAUCCAGCUCACAAUCCCAAAAGACCUCACCAAGAAGGAGCUUUUGGAGUUUCACUGGGAUGCGAACAACGAGGGUAUGGUGUGGUCUGAGGAUGGCAACCCGCUACAAGGCCUGACUGGUGGCGGAGAACGAGUCGAGUGGAUUAUCCCAGACAAGUUCAGAGAUGGAAAGGAGCAUACAUUUUACAUCGAGAUGGCCUGCAAUGGCAUGUUUGGAAAUGCAAAUGGCGACUCCAUCCAGCCUCCCGAUCCGAACAAAUACUUCCGAUUGUCCCAGGCGGAUAUCGUAGCGGUAAAUGUUGAGGCGAGGCAAUUAUGGAUCGAUAUUUGGAUCAUUGGAGAUGCUGCUAGAGAGUUCCCGUCGGAUUCGUGGGAACAACAUAAGGCUCUGAAAGCCUGCAAUGAGAUCAUUGAGGCUUAUGAGGUUGGCAGCCAGGAUUCAAUUACCAAGGGUCGCAAGAUCGCUGCUGAGUAUAUUGGCAAGAACGUUAGUUCGUCAAAGGUCUACGAGACUGGUACUCAGCCGAUUGUAUAUGGUAUUGGACACUGCCAUAUCGAUACUUGCUGGUUGUGGCCAUGGGCAGAGACGAAGAGAAAGGUCGCCAGAUCUUGGUCGAAUCAGUGCAAUCUGAUGGAUCAAUAUCCUGAGCAUCGCUUUGCUGUUUCGCAGGCGCAGCAGUACAAGUGGCUUAAGCAAUACUAUCCAUACGUUUUCGACCGUGUCAAGGAGAAGGUCAAGAAAGGCACUUUCCAGCCUGUGGGAGGGAGUUGGGUCGAGCACGACACCAAUAUGCCAAGUGGCGAGUCGCUUGUUAGACAAUUUGUUUAUGGGCAACGAUUCUUUGAGAGCAACUUUGGCAAGAGAUGUCAAACAUUCUGGCUGCCAGACACUUUCGGUUACUCGAGCCAGCUUCCCCAACUUUGCAGAUUGGCUGGUAUGACGAGAUUCUUCACACAGAAGUUGAGCUGGAACAACAUCAACAAGUUCCCUCACACCACCUUCAACUGGGUCUCACUUGAUGGUAGCCAAGUCAUUUGUCAUAUGGCCCCAUCUGAGACUUACACUGCCGAGGCGAACUUCGGCGAUGUGAAGCGAUCAGUCACUCAACACAAGUCGAUGGACCAAGAUGAGACAUCAUUGCUAGUCUUUGGCAAGGGUGAUGGCGGUGGAGGACCCACCUGGCAGCACUUGGAGAAGCUUCGACGAUGCCGAGGUAUGGCUGAUACCACUGGCAUGUUGCCAAGGGUUCACAUGGGCGACUCUGUUGAGGAUUUCUUUGACCGACUUGAGAAGAGAGUCGAGGAUGGUCUUGACUUUGUUACUUGGUAUGGCGAGCUCUACUUUGAGCUCCACAGAGGUACAUACACCACUCAAGCCAACAACAAGCGUAACAAUAGGAAGUCGGAAAUCAUGCUCCGCGAUAUCGAGCUGUUGGCUACGCUGGCGAGUAUCAAGUCAGGGUACAAGUAUCCUAAGGAGAAGAUCGAUGAUAUGUGGGAGGCAACUCUUUUGUGUCAAUUCCACGACUGUCUGCCUGGUAGUUCUAUUGAGAUGUGUUAUGAUGACAGUGAUGAACUCUACGCUCAAGUCUUCAAGACUGGCGAAGGUAUCUUGAAAGAGCUUCAAGAAAUCCUCGGCGUCCAGGAUGUCGACUCCAAGAAAGCCAAAGGAAACUUUGUUGCACUCAAUACUUUACCAUGGCACCGCAGAGAGAUUAUCUCACUUGGCGAUGGCCAAGCUGGUGUUGCCUGCGGAGAUGGCAACCUGUUGAACAUCAAAAACUUCAAGAUUGCUGAGACUCCAGAAGUGACCGUCGAGGAGACCUCGAAGGGAGUGUUUGUCUUGCAAAACGAUGAUUUGCGCGUUCAAGUCUCUGAUGGAUGUAUUACUUCUCUCUACGAUCGAAAGGCAGAGAGAGAAGUCAUUGCUAAAGGAGGCAAGGCCAAUCAACUUGUCAUUUUCGAUGACAAGCCUCUCUACUGGCAAGCUUGGGAUGUCGAGGUCUAUCAUCUUGACUCUCGCAAGGAACUAUCUUCAGGCACAACCAAGAUCGUUCAAAAGGAUCCUCAUCAAGUCAGCGUUAUGACCGAGACUAAGAUCAGCGAGAAGAGUUGGGCUAAGACCUACAUCAGCCUGUCUGCUGCAUUCAAGGGACAACAAUCAUAUGUUGAGAUGCACAGUGAGGUCGAGUGGAGAGAAGACAUGAAGUUCUUGAAGGUCGAGUUCCCGGUCGAUGUUCGUAAUACGGAGGCGUCUUAUGAAACUCAAUUUGGUAUUGUCCGCAGACCAACGCACUACAACACAACGUGGGACAUGGCGAAGUUCGAAGUCUGCUGUCACAAGUUUGCAGACUUGUCCGAACACGGCUAUGGUGUCUCUAUUUUGAACGACAGCAAAUAUGGCUUUGCCACCUGUGGUAACUUAAUGCGUCUCUCACUCCUUCGUGCACCUAAGGCGCCCGACGCACAUGCAGAUAUGGGUCGCCAUCAUAUCCGUUGGGCAAUUCUUCCGCAUCAAGGUGAUUUGGGAUCGACUACUGUCCGCACCGGGUAUGCAUUCAAUAAUCCAUUGAAGCUUGUCCAAGCACCAAAGACGCUCGAUGCAUCAGCGUUCAGUAAUCCGAUCAAGCUUACAGGUAGCCCGUUUUUGAUUCUGGAUACUGUUAAGCGAGGUGAGGAUGAUGAAGAUGUUACUCGCGGAGAAUUGUUGAAGCGCAAGGGCAAGAGUGUCAUCCUGCGCAUCUACGAUAGUUUAGGAGGAACAAGCAAGGGUACAAUUGAGACUACUCUGGACGUAAAGAAGGUAUGGAAGACGAACAUCUUAGAAGAUGACGAAGAGUCGCUCGAGAUCUCGAAGGGCAAGGUUGAUAUCACCCUUCGACCUUUCGAGGUCGCUACCUUCAGACUGCAACUAUGAAUAACGAAAGAACAAUGAAAACAAGGUGGCUGUGAAGUAUUGCUUUCUUGGAUCCUCGGCGUUGAAAUAAGUUAGUCCAUGAAUUGAAUAUCCAUUCGGAUC